AUGUUAACAACUCCAAAAAAAUGUUUUCAGUCUGAUGUCUUGGUUUCUUUGGCAAAAGCAGUGGCUUUUAUAGCAGUUUUUAUUGGAUAUGCUCAGAUAGAAGACGAAUCGAAAGUCGAAUUCAGAUUUGGACUUAUCGUCACUGCUUUAAUGUUUAUUUUAAUUGCCGCGCCACUUGUGCAUUUGGGGGAGAUUUUCGAAACAAAAAGUACGGAAAUACUUCCUUUCCCUCUCAUUUUUAUGGCGACGAUCGUAACCUUCCAAUGGCUUUUGUACGGACUUAUAGUCGAUAAUGGCUUUAUAAUAUUCCAGAACGCAGUUGGGUUCGUUAUAUGCGCAGCAGAGUUGUCGCUCUUUGCGAUAUUUCCAUCAAAGCCUGAUCCGAAGAAGACAAAUUAAUUUUUCAAAAUUUUUAGUAUAUGCUUGCAAAAAAUUAGUGGUACACAACAUUCCUGCGAGCUUACAUUUAAGGAAUUUAUUGUUGUCACAGUUUAAAAACUUAACUCAAGUUUUUAAGUCUUUCAAAAAGUAUUUUAUUAUUAUUUUAACAAAAUU